AUGCAAAAAUAAGAAAAUCUUUUAAAGCUAGAAUACUAUCUUGAGUAAGUAGAGAAUAUUUAAAAAUAGGUGUAAGCGAAGGAUGAAAGUCUCUAAUAAAUGAUAAAAACAGGUGUUAACCAUAGUAAUUACAGCGAAGCAUGGAAUUUAUAACAAGAAAUUGAGUUAAUGCUUAAAUAAAAUUCAUAAAACAUGCAAAAAUACAUAUCAUAGUUUAGUAGUAAUAUUAUUAGGAUAUCACAAACUUAAUAGAGAUAGUAAUUGAUGUAGAGAUGCAUAGAUGGAGGCAACAAAGCAGAAAAACAAAUGAAAUCAAUUUUAAAAAAUCUUCAAACUCUUUCAGAUUAAAUAUUUGAAUAAAAGAAAAAGAUAUAAGUUGACUAAAAAUCGCAUAUUUCCCAAAUAUCUAAUUAGUCAUCGGAUUAUUUUAAAAGCGAAGUAAGUGGCUCAGGAGGGGACUCAGAAGAUAUUUAAGCAAACAUGCAGGUCAUAGAUUACGAGUAGGAAAUGGUCAAGCAGAGGCAAGUGGAAUUAGACAAAAUUUAAUAAUUAGUCAACAACUUAAAUUCCAUGAUGAUUUAGCUGUUUGAAAUGAUCAAAGAAUAGGGAAAAUGCUUAAAUCUUAUUGAAGAAAACAUAAAUCAGAUGCACGCAUAGGUUAAAGGAAGCAAUUAUGUGACAAACAAUAGCAGUCAGUAUAGCGAUUAACUGAGUGAUCAACUGCUAAGCAAAAGAGAUUUAGAAUCUAAUCAAUCUGAAACUUUUACAACACCUUAAAAAAAAAAGAAAUCAAAGAAGAUGUGGUAUAUUAUAAUUGUAUUAUUGAUUAUCACUGGAGUCGGAGUAGGCAUUUACUUUGGCGUUUCUUGA